AUGCUGCAUCCAGGACUCGUGGGUCUCGUGGCUGCAACUCUGGGGGCAAAUGUCACAGUGACCGAUCUGGAAGACCUGCAGCUUCUCCUUCAACUAAACAUUAAGAACAAUCAGCAUCUCAUCCACACAGGCUCAAUCACAGCAAAGGUACUGAAAUGGGGAGGAAAUGUCAGAGAAUUUCUACCUCAUCCUCAUUAUAUUCUGAUGGCGGAUUGUAUCUACUAUGAGCAGUCAGUGGAACCACUAGUAGAGACUCUGAAACUCUUGGCUGGACCAGAGACGUGUAUCAUCUGUUGCUUUGAGCAACGCACUGUUGGUGUCAAUCCCGAGAUAGAGAAGAGAUUCUUUGAGCUACUUCUGCAAGAAUUCCAGUCAGAGAUGAUCCCAUCUGAGAAAAAAGACCCUGAGUUCAACAGUCCUGACAUUCACAUUCUCCACCUGCGACGAAGAGUCCACUGAAUGCCUUAUGAGCUCUUCUGUUUGGGUUGUAUGUGUUUGUGUUUCAGUGGAUUGUGUUGUUGUUAGUCAGAUGUUCAACACUGAACAAUAUGAACUAUUUUAAAGUGCUUAUUAUGUGGUUUGGGACGUUGGCCUUAAUGUGAGCUUAAGUGUCUAGUUAAAGUGAAUGGUUGUGUGCACCUGUGUUAAACUGG